GCGCUGUCUGCCUCCCUUGUCUCUCUCGCAGCACAGAGGUCAAACCAAAAGCCACCCACCGCCGCCGCUCUCCAAUGGCGGCUCACCUUCCCCCUACCCUUCAAAACCGCCUCCUUUCCCUCCCUCUCCCCCUCCCCAUCUCUGUUUUCCUCUAGCAGUACUCUCAAUCUUCCCACAAGCGAAGUUAGGAGUUCAUCAGACGAAUCUGUGGCCGCGAGAGUGUCGGAGAGCAAUGGAGAGGGUGUGUAGGAAGGCCAAGAAAGCGCUGGGCGCCGGCCUGUGCGUGCACCUCCCAUCCGUCGCCGGCGACCGGGAGGACGGCGCCAGCGAGCGCCGCGCGUCGGAUGCGCUCUCCCUAGACUCCGCGGCGGCGGCAGCGCACGCUUCGGCGCCGAACACGCCGGCGGCGACGGACACGGCGGAGGCCGGCGCGCUACGGAGGUCCAAGUCUGGAGGCAAGUCCUCCAAGAGAAUGUGCGCUAUAUGUUUUGAUUCCAUGAAGCCAGGUCAUGGACAAGCCCUGUUCACUGCUGAAUGUUCUCAUAUGUUUCACUUUCAUUGCAUCUCCUCCAAUGUGAAACAUGGAAACCAUGUAUGCCCAGUUUGCCGGACAAAGUGGAAAGAGAUACCCUUCAAUCUCUCAUUAUCUUCUAUAGUUCCUCGCAGAAGAGGUGGGCUGAAUGUGAACCAAGCUCGACUACCGCAGCAAGAUGCCUACAUGGGUCUUCUCCGCCAGGUUCUGAACCGCCAGAGAGAAGCUCCUGUCUUGCAUACUUCUGAACCAGUAGAAUUCAAUGAUGAUGAACCUUUGCAGAAGAUGGAAGCUGCUGACAGUUGUGAUGUUGGAUCUAGUAGAACUGUGGAAAUUAAGACAUAUCCAGAGUUUUCGGCCAUUCCACAGUCAUCAUCUCAAGAUGACUUCGCUGUUUUGAUCCAUCUGAAGGCCCCAUAUGCUAAUCCGGAGCAGGUCACAGGUGGACUGGUUAAUGCAACCUCAAUUGGGUGUCCUACAUCUCAUGCUCCUGUUGAUCUUGUUACCGUGCUUGAUGUUAGUGGAAGUAUGGCAGGCACAAAACUGGCACUCUUGAAGCGAGCCAUGGGUUUUGUUAUUCAACACCUUGGACCACUUGAUCGCCUUUCAGUCAUUGCUUUCUCUUCUACUGCUAUAAGGUUGUUCCAUCUGCGACGGAUGUCACAUUCUGGCCAGCAGCAGGCAUUGCAGGCUGUCAACUCACUUGGUGCUGGUGGUGGCACGAACAUUGCUGAUGCACUGAAGAAAGCUGCUAAGGUUAUCGAGGACCGAAAUUACCAGAAUCCAGUGUGCAGCAUCAUUCUCCUGUCAGAUGGCCAAGAUACAUACAAUAUUGCCUCAAAUGUUAGGGGAGCCCGGCCAGAUUAUAGGUCACUUGUUCCAUCUUCCAUUCUCAAUCACACAUUCCGGUUAGUGCCUGUGCAUGGGUUUGGUUUUGGUGUAGACCAUGAUUCAGAUGCUUUACAUUCAAUUGCUGAGGCCUCUGGUGGUACAUUCUCCUUUAUCGAGGAUGAAGGUGCGAUUCAGGAUGCAUUUGCUCAGUGUAUAGGAGGGCUUCUUAGUGUUGCUGUUCAGGAUAUGCAACUAAAUGUGGAGUGUGUGCAUCCUGGUGUUCAGCUUCGCUCCAUCAAAUCUGGUAGUUACCUGAGUAAGGUGGCUGGAAAUGGGCGAAAUGGGUCAAUUGAUGUUGGUCAUCUCUACGCUGAUGAGAAGAGGGACUUUUUACUGUCUGUGAGCUUACCACAUUGUCGUGAACAAACCACACUUUUGAAGGUUGCUUGUACCUACAGAGAUCCUUUGACAAUUGAAGCCAUCAGGAUUCAAGGUGAUGUGGUAAAGAUCUUGAGGUCCAAAUUACCCACAUCUGAGCCAGUUUGCAUGGAGGUGGAUCGUGCGAGAAAUCGUGUCCGCGCUGCUGAUGCUAUUGAGGCUGCAAGGGCUGCUGCUGAGAGAGGCACUCUUUCUGAUGCUGUUGCUAUUCUUGAGGAUUGCCGGAGGAUAUUGUCGGAAUCCUUCUCAAGCCGGAGUGGUGAUCGCCUGUGCACAGCCCUUGAUGCAGAGCUGAGGGAGAUGCAGGAGAGGAUGGCUAACCGGCAACGCUACGAGGCUUCAGGGAGGGCAUAUCUGCUGUCUGGACUGAGCUCGCAUUCUUGGCAGAGAGCCACUGCACGAGGUGACUCCACAGAUAGUGCUACGCUUGUUUACUCCUAUCAGACACCAUCCAUGGUUCAGAUGCUGCAGCGCUCACAGAACCACUACCCUUCACCUCAGGGCCCAUCACAGGUCCAACAACCUAGAUUUUUCCUGGGGAAACCCCAGCCAAGGUAGAACCUAGUUCGCCAUUAUCUUGCGAAGGAAGUGCACGGAUGAUGGUGAAGGAAUUGCAUUGGUGUGGUUGCUUAUGCUUAUUAGGUCAUAGUGUAGUACUUUAGCACCUAUCUUUUGUUUUUCUCAUUUGAGUCAUGGUGGCAGUAUACCGGACUGCCGGAGGUGGUGAGGCGGGCUUGGAGGUAAAUAUAAUCUGUGGUAUACAGGAGAAAGUGAGGAAGGGCUUCGGUGGUAAAUACAUCGUGGGGGUGGGGAUUUACUCCUGUGGUGUGAAGGAAGUUUGGGAAGUAAAGUAGACUAAUAGAGGAGGGACUGGAGAAAUUGUGUAAUAGCUUCAAUGGGGUAAGGUGUAGCUAAGAGGGUCUUUGGUGAUGUAGAUAAGAGGGUCUGGUCAGUUAAUUAUCAAUGUAUCUUUUUCCCUUGGGUCUUUGGUGAUGUAGAUAAAAGGGUCCGGUCUGGGGGUGGUAUGUCAUGGAAUCUCGGGAAAUUUUGAUUUGAGGAUGCAAUGCUAUUACAUGGAUCCAAACUCUUGUUUCAUUGACCA